AUGAACGGAUUUGCUUCACAGAUUCCAUCUAUGGCGCUUCUCGGAUCCGGCUUCACCAACGAGGUCGGAUUACGAGUACUGCUUUCACCACUUAGUUCCAAUAUCGUACUUCGUACAGCAUGCUGUUCCAUUGGCAUUGGGUUGCCUGUGUAUUCCACUUUCAAGGCCAUUGAGAAUAGAGAUCAGAAUGAACAACAAAAAUGGCUUAUUUACUGGGCAGCUUUUGGUUCUUUCAGCCUUGUUGAAGUGUUCACGGACAAGCUCAUUUCUUGGUUUCCGCUAUAUUAUCAUGCAAAGUUUGCGUUCCUCGUCUGGCUUCAACUUCCCACCAUUGAUGGAGCGAAACAAGUUUAUAACAACCACCUUCGACCUUUCCUAAUACGUCACCAGGCUAGAGUGGAUCGACUUGUGGAUGGACUAUAUGAGGAGAUGGUCAAGGUCGUUAGGUCACACCAAGGAGAAAUACUAUUUGUGCGAUCAAUGAUCGUCAAAAUCUUGGGAUCAGCCAAUGAAGUUGCACCACCAAGCCAACAACAAGGAGAAAUCUCAAACAGUCGUCCCGAACCAGAACUAUCAACGGCAACAAUCCAUGAUUCAGAAUCUGAAUCUGAUCAUGAAGACUAG